UUUUAGGACAAAUAAUGGAUAGCUGUAGCAUGAAUCCAGAAGACCCAAUAUUUCUAAGCAGCACCCUAAGUCUGGACCAGGAAGAGCUUGUCUCGAUUCCAGAUGAAGAAUUGCUUAGUUUCCUUAAACAAAUCGACGAGCAAUUUGAAGUAUCUCUUCAAACCCAGAAAAUUGAGAAAGUUGUCAAAGACUGUGAAUUGAGUUCCGGUAUAUUCUCACAGGAGCUUUAUCACCCUACCUUGUUGGAGCAAAGUUCAAACUUAGAAAUAAAACUUGAGAAAUUAUCUGAAUGUUCUCAGAGUAAAGCAAUCUCCAAUACUGUUAAAAACAAGGAAACUCUCGUUGCUGUAAAGAGAUCAUCAAGGCCAGAUAUUGAAAAUAGGAAGGUAUUAAGACUUGUAAAGAAGUUGUUCAAUCAACUUUUUCUUUAUCAUAACGAUAAACUUAAAAACAAAAGACUCACUAAUGUUUGAUCAUCUAAAACAUUAGAUGCUCUAAAGCUAUUAGCAUUGGUUUAUAUGCCUGAAACCCCUUCGAAAGAAAUGGGAGAGUUCUUGUUUAAGUUUUUGAACAUACACUCCUCUGAUAUCUGUCAUUUGGAAUCAGAGGCUGCUCAAGAUGGCUUGAAAGCAUUUGAAUGCACUCAUAAAUAUAAUAGAUGGAAUUUCAAACUCCUCAUCAAAUCGAAAUAUUUCAGGCAUAUUAUUGUGUCCUAUAUGAAACUCAGAGACACUCCUCUUUCUUGUGUGUCAAGCCUUCAUCAAGGAUGGACUUGGCCUCACCAAUUCCACUCAGAUGUUGAGAAGUUAAAAAGAGUUUUAUCGGGGUCAUUAUAUCAGAAAGCUUCUCCCUUGGUCGAAAACAGCCUUACAGACAUCUAUCAGAACUGAAAGCAGUUUAAAGUCUCAGAGACUUCUCAAAGAAUUUAA